AUGGCCAAGAACAAGAAGACCGGUGACACCAUCUCGUCGCGCCUUGCGCUCGUCAUGAAGUCGGGCAAGGUCACCAUGGGUACCAAGUCCACCAUGAAGACCCUCCGCUCUGGCAAGGCCAAGCUGGUCCUCAUCUCCGGCAACUGCCCUCCCCUGCGCAAGUCUGAGCUCGAGUACUACGCUAUGCUCGCCAAGACCCCGGUUCACCACUUCAACGGCAACAACAUUGAACUCGGAACCGCCUGCGGUAAGCUGUUCCGCUGCUCGGCCAUGGCCGUGCUGGAUGCCGGUGACUCGGACAUCCUUAGCCAGGAGGCAUAA